UUGGCUGAUGUCACACUGUUUUGUACACUCAGUGUAUAUUCAUAACUCUUUAAAACGUCUGUUUUAAAAAUGUAUAUUUUAUUCGUAUAAGGGUCUUAAUACCAUAAUAAUACCAUAGCCUAAUUAACACUCCUCAAAAACGAAACGAAAGUAAAAGCAUCUUUCCUAUGCCCCAUUCACAUGAUUUGAGUUUCACUUUAUUGUAGGCUGCUCUGCAGGGAUGCGACAAGCAGCGAAAUUUGCUGAUGGCAAUGGAAGAUGUAGAAGCAGAGGAAGAUGUCCAGACUGUGUUGACACAGGAGACACACGAGCUAGCAGACAUUCUGAGCUAUCAAGAUGAUGGCUUUCUCACCAGGUUCUAUGAAAUGAUGGACAUCAGUUCGCGGCAGCGGCUAGUGCAACUUGCGAGCCACAGAGAGCGCAUCCUGGGGUUGUUGAAUUACUUCAGGACUGCAGAACCUGCUAUUUGUCGGCAAUUUCUUCAAAUGGUUUGCAUGCUCUGCGAGAACAUGCCAAUGCUUCUGGAAUCACGGCUGAUGUCUGUGGCCGGGACUGUGACUAAAGAAGUUGUUGAAAACAACAGUCAUACCCUGGUUGAUGAGUAUAUGGCAUCUCAAGAGUGCUGUCUGAAACGCCCACGAAUAGACCACAUAGAAAGUUACAAGGCUGCUGUGAGGAGAUGUCUACUGCAGAGGUGGGAGAGGGUGAUGCAGGGUGUGGUGAAGGUUUCUCUGGAAGAGGCCUGGGUAAGUCUGCGCCACAAAUCCUUGGUUAGACCAAGAGACAGGGCUGAUCGACGGCUGAGCCCACCAGAGCUCCAGGAGGGGGCUGUGGAAGACAGGGUGACCGUUGACUCCCUCCUGGGUUCAGAAGCCCGGGUCACAUUGCUGUUGGGCCAGGCAGGGGCAGGGAAGACGCUACUAAUGCACUGCCUUGGACAGCGCUGGGCUCAGGAUGCCUUCCCCUCCUUUCACCUACUGGUCCUGCUAGAGUUCCGGCAGCUCAAUCUCGUGGCUCGGCCGCUGUCUCUGAAAGAGCUGCUCUUUCGCUUCUUCCUCCCACCAGAGGGUGGGGAGGAGGAGGGUGCUGCUGUUCUUGACUUCAUCCUCCACAACCCUGAGAAAAUAUGCUGGAUCUUUGAUGGCUACGAUGAGUUUCACACUAAAAUCACCCACUCAGGGAGUCUGAGGAGCCCAUUCGACCCACAGUGCCCUCUACCCAUGGCAGAGCUGAUAUCAGGGCUGUGCAGUCGCAGGAUCCUCCCAGGAUGCACCCUAUUGAUUACCUGCAGGCCUCGGGAUGUGACAGAUUUGGAGAGCUCUGUGGACUGCAUUGGGGAGCUGCUAGGCUUCAAUUGGCGCAGUGUGAAAGAAUAUGCUGAACAGUACUUCCAGGACAAGGAUCUGGAUCUAAAGGAGAAGGUAGUCACUCACCUACUGGCCAACCAUCACCUCCUCACCAUGUGUUACCUGCCAGCUCUCUGCCAUACCUGCUGUGUGUGCUUGGAUCACAUAUUCUCCAGAGGUGGGUCUCAGUCCCAGGCUUUGCCCCAACUGCCAACCACCCUCACCCAGGUCUACCUCCAGAUCCUCUGUGCCUUUCUGAGCCGAUGCCCAGGGAGGGUCACACCCUUGUUGCAGAGUCACAGGGCAGAGGUCACACAGCUGAGCUGCAUGGCCAUGAAGGGUCUGGAGGACAGCAGGAUCGUGUUUCUCUCUGAGGAGGUUCCACCAGACCUGUUGGACUUCGUCACCAAGGCUGGUCUCCUCUCACAGGUGGACCUGACCCAUGAGGAUGGGUCUAAAGGCCAGGGUUACACGUUCAUGCACCUCACCAUGCAAGAGUUUAUGGGUGCUCUACAUAUCAUGACCAGCAAGGACAUCACAGAGGCCCAGCUUAGGAAGAAGUUUAACCUCAAGACCCGCUGGACCACAAAAUCAGACCCCAAGACGGUCUUCACUGAUUCCCUCCACCUCUAUGUGUGUGGGCUUGCUGCCCCAGCCUGCUCUCCUUACCUGUUCCAGCUGGUUGUGGGAGCAGGGGCUGUGAGGUGGGUAAAGAAACGCCAAGCUCUGGUUCUCAAAUUGCUCCGGAGUCUGGCAGCGAGCACCAACCUGACUGGGCCCAAGGUAGUGGAGCUGUGCCACUGUAUCCAGGAGACCCAGGAUGCACAGCUGGCCAGGGAGGUGGUGGGGUCACGAUCAUGCUUUGAGCUAAGGAACAUCACGUUGAACCCUGUAGAUCUGGAUUCCCUGGCCUUUGUUGUAUCGUCUGCUGGAGUGGGAAUGGGGCUGGACUUUGGAGCUUGUUCUAUGGAACUAGAGUGUCUAGAUAUUCUACCCAGCUGCCAGCACAUCGACUACCUAAUUUUUCGAAGCCGCAAGUAUGAUGACAGAUUUGCAGAUAAACUGUCUAGCAUCCUCCCCAGACUACCAACCCUGAAAAGAUUUGAGUUUAUCUGUGGUAGUCUCACUGAUGUGGGAGCUGCCAAACUUGCCAGAGCCCUGGAGAGCUGUCCACAGAUCACAGAGCUCAACUUCAGUGACAACAGCCUGACCGACAGAGGAGUCGGGGAGAUCGCUGACCUCAUUCCAAAGCUGCCCAGUCUAGCCUCUAUCUUGCUGGGGAAGAAUGGCUGCUCUCUGGAGAUUAUCUACACCCUUCUAGAGAAGAUGACUUCCUGCCCCUCCAUCCAGGAAGUCUAUACUGAUGGAAUGAAGGACAUCAACGUCCUGUUUUUCCCAAGCUCAGACAUAAAAGGUUCUAAGAAAAACAUUGGACUGACUGUCAGCCUAUUAAACUGCAGUUUGAGUACUGAUCAGAUGACUAGACUGUGUCAGUUGCUAGCGAGAAGUCCUGGCCUCACUCUCCUAGAUCUGUCAGGAGGCCACAUGAAGGCUGGUACUCUCAAGGCCCUGACUGACUCUCUACAGAAGCUGAACGUCUCCAAACAGAUUGUUCUGAAUGACAGCCACAUAUCUGUUGAUGGGCUGAUGAUUCUGACCAGUUUCCUGUCUGUAUGUCCUGAUGUGGUUCAAGUGGACAUCAGGCUGCAAGACCCUGUUCGUGUGUCCAUGUUUUUUUCUAGGGUGAUAGAGAAACACAAGAUUUCUAGGAGACUUUGUCUGACGGGCUGUGCUCUUCGUCCCCCUCACUUGGACCGUCUGUGUGAGAAUCUGAGGGACUGCUCUGCUCUGACUAUGCUGGAUAUUUCCAACAAUGCUUUGGAAAACAAAGGUCUGAAGAAGUUGUUGGACCUCUUGCCUCAGCUUAGCAACAUACAGGAAAUCAAUGUCAGUGAGAAUGCAGUCAGCAUGGAAGGAGUGGUGCAGCUAGCUGGAACCCUGUGCUCACACAGGAACAUGAGUGAAGUGAAUAUCAGUCAUGGGGGGAAUAAGAAGCUGAUUCUGAAAUUCCUCUCCAGUAAAAGAAUACAAUCAACAGGAUUGGAACAGUGUAAGAAACUCAGUCUAACUCACAGUGAUAUCCAUCCCACUGACAUGAACAAGCUGUGUGGAAGACUGGUACAGUGUCCCGGCCUAGUGGAGCUAGAUUUCUCCCAUGGAUCCUUGAAAGACGAUGCUAUUGAAAAUCUAUUGAAGAUCCUGCCUAAGAUGAAAUCUCUUCAGUUGCUUAAUAUGAGCCAUGUCCAGAUGUCUACGGAUGGAGCAUUGUUAUUGGUCAAAUCUCUGAUAGACUGCCAACGUGUCAGAGCUGUGGAACUCCGGCCACAAGGAGAAGCCUUCAUCAAGUUUGUCAACAUGAAUGCAGAACAAGCAACUUGCAGACUCUCUCAGUACACACUGAGCAGUGGGGAUGUGGAGAAACUCUCUGGGAUCCUGGAGCAGUGUCCUCAUCUGUCUGACCUGGAUUUAUCCAGUAACCUUCUGAGAGACGAGGGAGUGAAGAGAUUUGUGGAUUUUCUGCCAAGGCUGCGGAUUGCUAGCUCAGUGAAUCUCGAUGAUAACAGACUCACUCAGGUGGGGGCUCUCUACAUUCUGAACACAGUGACGACCUGUGAAAAAGUGGUUGAAGUGGAAGUCAGUUUGGGAACUGAGAAGAGGUCGCUCAUCCGCUUUGAACAGGACAGUGACUGUGGCAAAACUCUGAGUCUGAGAGAGUGUCAUUUUGGGGCUGACCAUCUGCAGAGACUAGCAGAGAUUCUGAAGAGCUGUGCUGCUCAGUUGGUCAAACUGAGGUUAUCCUGUAACACCAUGCAGAGAGAAGGCCUCUUGGCUCUACAGAACAGCCUGACUACCCUGUCCUCAUUACACACCCUGGAUAUAAGAAACAACGGACUUAAUGUUCAGGUGAUUGAAGAUUUGGUGAAGCAGCUGAGGUGUGGUCAUGUCCAACGCUGUAUCAGUAUUGAGGAGACGUGGAUCACAGCAGAAGCAGCUGUUAACCUGGUCUCCUGCUGCUUGAACCUGAACCCCAACAUACACACGAUCAGGGUAAACCACACCACUGUACACAUUACUUUGGAAAAAUGCACAAAUCACACUCCUACCAGUGGUGAUUCUGCAGACAUGGCUAGCUCUCUGUCUACCGUGACCAUCAGCCUAGUAGGCUGUGCAGUACAAGGGCACCACCUAGUGUCUCUGCAGACUGUGCUCCAGAGAUGCCCUCUGCUGCAGGACCUAGAUUUGUCACACAACAGCAUCGGUAGAGUGGGAGCUGAGUUUCUCUGCUCUGUCCUACCAUCCUUAGUUAGUCUGAGGAAACUCUGUGUUGAAUCAAAAGAAGCAUCUGAAGAUGUGGUAUUGCUCCUUGCCGAGGGGUUGUUGCAGGCUAAAAGCAUUGAGAGCUUGAAUUUUUCUGGUCAUGUGAUCAGUGACAGAGGAGCUGUAGUUCUGACCAGAACACUCCAGAAUCUACCAAAUAUCAGAACAAUCAAUCUGUCCCUGUGCUCUGGUUGGACAGCGGCAGGAGCAUUGGACCUGGUCAACGGGCUUGGACAGUGUCUCUCUCUGGAGGGGAUCAGCCUUGACUCUGCACAGCUGGAUCAAGAGAGCACAGUCUCCUUGGCACAGGGGCUCCAUGCUAUGACCUCCUUGAAGAGGCUAAAUCUGAAUAGGAAAGUAACCAUGGUGACUGGAUCCCCAGGGGAGGAGACCACACUGGUCCUACUGGCCUCUCUGGAGGGGCUCAGAGCAAUGGAGGAGAUUGAGUUGGAGGGGAUGAGGAUGUCAGAUAAAGGAGUGGAGGAGCUUAUCAAACACCUGCCCACCUGGACAGGCCUGAGGAAGAUCAGCCUGUCAGAUAACUAUAUUGGUGACCAAGCAGGAGAGAGGCUGGUCCAGGUCCUGGCUAACUGCACAGAACUGGAGGUACUCCAUCUGUCCAGAAAUAAACUCAGCCUUGCCUGUGCUGCCAAGAUGGGACAAGUUCUGCCCACUCUCACUCACCUCAGGGUUCUAGAUCUCUCAGAGAACCCGAUUGGUAGAGAAGGAUCUGUCAGUAUCUCCAAUGCUCUGAUCUUCAUGAAGUAUUUGACAAAGAUACACUUGACCUCCAUAGGGACUUCAGAGCUCACUGGUCUAGCUGCCAGCUUGGCUUACUGUGUCUGUGCAGAGGAUGUCAGUUUUGCGUGGAAUGGUUGUGGAGAUGAUGUCGCAGUGAAGCUUUCCGAAGUUUUACCACAAUGCCAGAAGCUAAGGAGACUUGAUCUUGAGUCGAACAGCAUCAGCGCUACUGGAGCAGAGGCACUUGCCAGAAGCUUACAGUCUUGUCCGUCGCUUGAAGUAAUCAGACUGUGGAGGAAUAGUAUCUCUACCAGUGAUGCCCAGAGACUGAGACAGAGGGAGAAGAGGCUCAACUUCUUCUCCACAUAGUCUAUGAUCUACUCAUUACAUUUACAUUUUAGUCAUUUAGCAGACGCUCAUUUCAUUUCAUGCAUUUUUUUUGUUUGUUGUACUGGCCCCCCGUGUGAAUCGAACCCACAACCCUGGCGUUGUACACACCAUGCUCUAUCAACUGAGCCACAGGGAAGACCAUGGGCAGCAGAACAGCAGCAAAACAGUCAACUUGCACUUUUAUUUUUAUAAUAGUUUAUGCACUUAGAGACCACAUUUCCUUAAAAUUACAGCAGGUCAUCAAAUCAAAACAAACAAUAAAAUGAUCCUUGUAGGGGGGGCAGUGAACCUUUAUUCCAACCCUGGGAACUGGUCUCUAUCUCUCCUUUUUCCUCUUCCUGGGAAGGUCCGUGUGUCACGAUUGUCGUAAGGAGUGGACCAAGACGCAGCGGGAAAAUGUAUACUCAUCUUCUUUUUUAUUUGAAGAAGGAAAAACAAAAUAAACACGUAUACAAAACAAACGACUCCAAACAGUCCCGUCAGGUGCAACAAACACUAAACCAGGAAAUAACUACCCACAAACCCCCAUAGAACAAACCCCCCUAUAAAUAGGACCUUCAAUCAGAGGCAACGAGAAGCAGCUGCCUCCAAUUGAAGGUCAACCCAAUAAACACCACAUAGAAAUAGACCAACUAGAAAUAACAUAGAAAUACACUAACAUAGAACAUAACCCAAACAACCCCGAAACACCCUAAACAAACACCCCCUGCCACGCCCUGACCAAACUACAAUAACAAACAGCCCCUUUACUGGUCAGGACGUGACACCGUGUGUUGUCUCUAUCCACUCUCAUAUUUAUUUCUGUAUUGAGAUUGAAUCUGGGAUUCAUUGAUUGCUUAAGUUUUGCAGAAUUAUUUAUUUUUCACAUCUGACUAAAAGAGUCAGUGAGACCAAGUCAAUUUGUUCUCUUGAACUGCUGGAUUCUAAUUCUGUCAUUGCUCAUGUUUCAAAUCAAAAUCAAAUCAAAGUUUAUUUGUCACGUGUGCCGAAUACAACAGGUGUAGACCUUACAGUGAAAUGCUUACUUCCAGGCUCUAACCAAUAGUGCAUUUUAUCUGAUUCCUUACACUUGUUGUGUUUUGUCUUGUGUGGCACAUUUCUUGUUUACUUGUUUUUGUAAUGUCCAUUUUGAUGUUUUAUUAUGACAUGCACUGGUCUAAUAAAGUGUGAGACAAGUCUUCUUUUUCAUAUUCUA